AUUUUCAAUUGGGGUUUUCGGUUCAUCCCCCAAACUCUACUCUUCUUUCACUCUUUUGUCUUUUUUAUUUAUUUUUGCCAUUUUUCUCUUCACCAAUGACUAUAUUACAAUCAAGAAGACAAGCGUGGGACGUUAUUUUCAGUGAUCCUAAUUUAUCACAGCAAUCUUUACAACAACGUGGUAUCUCAGGAACUGUUUGUGAACAUGGUCUUCGGUCUGUCUGUUGGAAGAUUUAUAUGGGAUAUUUACCAAGUGUAGAUGUUUCAACAUGGCCUACUUUACAAAUGAAAGAACGGCAAAGGUAUACUGACUUACGUCGUCAAUACAUUGAAGAACCAGCUGAACGGAUGACUAAGAAAAAUGACAACUUGACUGAUAAUAAUCCAUUGGCACUGAAUGAAAAUAAUCCUUGGCAACAAUAUUUCGCUGAUUCUGAAAUUCGCAAAAUAAUUCGGCAAGAUGUGGAUAGAACAUUUCCUGAUGUGGAAUUUUUUCGAAAUGAGACUGUCCAAGAAAAAAUGACAGAUAUUCUGUUUAUUUACUGCAAAAUUCACCAUGAAGUCUCUUAUCGCCAAGGAAUGCAUGAACUAUUGGCUCCUUUUUACUGGAAUAUUGCAACGGAAAGUUUGGAUGGUGUAUCUACUGAAGACAUUGAUGCAUGUUUAUCCGAUCCUACUAAUAGAUUGAUGACUCAAGUAUUGGACCCUGCAUUUAUUGAACAUGAUGCUUUUUUAUUGUUCGAUCGGUUGAUGUCUUAUGCGAAACCUUGGUAUGAAUUCAACAAUACUACAACACCUGCUCCUGCAAAAUCUCUCAAUCGGCGUUCGAAAUCUGCCUUGGAUUUGACAGUUGAUCAUCAUGGUGAUAGUGGCAAGGCUCAAAUGGCUACUAGUUUGAAUCCUGUGGUUGGUGUUUGUCAAAGAAUUCAUCACCAAUACUUACGACAAGUGGAUCCACCUUUAUACAAACAUUUGGAAAGUUUUGGUAUUGAGCCUCAACUUUUUGGAAUUCGCUGGCUUAGAUUGUUAUUUGGACGUGAAUUUGAAUUCCAUGAAUUAUUACGACUAUGGGAUGCUAUAUUUGCUCAAGAUCCUACCCUCAAGAUAGUUGAAUUUGUUUGCGUUGCCCUACUGCUUCGAUUGCAUGAUCAAUUGAUAGAAAACGAUUAUGCCGAAUGUCUUACAUUACUUAUGCGUGGAACUCGAAUCUCAAAUCCUAUCACUUUGGUAGAACAAGCAAAAUAUUUGCAUGGAAAUUUAUCUCAUGAUGGUGCAUUACAAGUACUUCGACAGAAUGAUUUACGUGCUGGCAAAGAACCUCGGGCAUCACUAUGGAAAAACGAUUUGGAAAAUGCAGCCUUACCACAACAACAUUUAUCUUCCUAUCCUCGAAGAUCUCAAGUUUCUAAUUUGGAUAAUAUUACCAACAUUACUAGAGGUGUUAUGAAAAGUCCUCAAGUCAGGGAUCUCAAUAAAACUAUUGCCGGUGUUAUGGGAACCGUUCAUAAAAAUGUCAAUCUGUUUGGUGAUAAUGUUUUGGGACGUGGAAGUUUUGAUGGUCAAACUCAACGGCGACGACUCACUGUACCUUCGGAAUUUCCAGAUAGCAUCGAUCGUAUCGCACCUAUGGCACAAUCAUAUAAACAUUCUUCUACCUUACCAAGAUCAUCUUCAAGUAACAAUAUACAACGGACAUCAUCGGAUCACACUACUUCUACAGGAUUGGCGACUCUUCAGAAAGUGAACCGACAAAUGGGCGACAUGAUGGCACGAUGUAUUGAUGUUUUGGAAAAGGAAAUAUUCUCGGCGGAAACGAGUCCAUCGAUACAACGGAAUGAUACCACACCCAUCGAUCUUGAUACGACAACCUUUAAGGAAAAUAAGGAAGAUACCACAACGACAAUAUCUCAAGAGCAACACCAGAUAGACGAAAAGAAUUUACCCGUGGUCACGCAAGGAAAACAAGGCCUUGAUGAAGCGUCGGUGACUCUUGCAUUGGCUGGUUUGAAACAUAUCCGUGACGUAUUACAAGGCAGACAAUCUCGAUUUGACAGCAACAUGCUAUCUGGAUUGGAAUUAUCAAAGGACAGUAACAACAACAACAACAGUCUCUUGUCAAAGGCAGAGCAACGCGACAUUAUCAAAAAGCCAUUACCAGAUAUCCAACAAAAGCCAUUGCAUCAUCCAACAUCAGCAGAAUCUGUGGAAACAGGGAAGACACCAGCCAUACAGACACCAUCUCCAACACGUCCUAUUACAGUUAACGACACGAUCAAGCAUAUACCCUCAACAACGACAUCAGCAACAUCAUCAACACCAACAAAAGUAACCUAUAGCAUUGAAGACUUACUUUCUGAUCCAGCACUUCAAUCUGGAGGCAUUGAUUCUCAGGAUACCAACAAAUUCUCAUGGCUCGACAAUGAUGAUAAACCAACCUCUGAUCAACCACCUUCUUUAUUUCAAAAGACUGAAGUCUCUCAUGAUCAACAGCGUCGACGACGGCCUAGUUAUGGAUUAACCACGACAACAGAUCUUCAUCAUGUCGAUCCUUUGGAUGCCAAGAAUGUGGAUAAGCAUUAUGAUUAUGAAUAUGAUAUAUAUAGAUAGAUUUAUGUAUUCCCCUC